AUGUCGUUGGAACAAGUUACUUGUGAGGUGAACAACGACUCCAUUGACAAUGUCAAUGAUAUUGUCCCUAAACUUCAUAUGUGGUUUGAUACAAUUGAAGAGGUCAAAACUUUUUACACAGACUACGUUGUGAAGUGCGGUUUUGGUGUUCGAAUAAGGACCUCUAAGAGAAGCAAGAACAACGAGUUAAACUUCAUGAAAUUAGUGUGUUGUAGGGAAGGGAAAUACAUAUCUCCCAUUGCUCCAGAAUUGAAAACUCAGCCAAGUCAAAAAACUGAAUGUCCUGCUGGCAUAACAGUUGCUAUGAAAGAAGGAAGAUGGCAGGUGAGAACAGUUGUUAUUGAACACAGCCAUGACAUGUGUCCGAAUAACUCCAACCUCAUACGUGGUAAUCGAAGACUUAAUAUGCAUGCAAAGCACACCCUUAAUAUGAAUGAUGAUGCUGGUGUUCGCAUUAACAAAAGUUUCGUAUCUUUGGUUAAUGAUGCCGGUGGAUUUGAAAAGAUACAAUUCCUGGAACGUGACGCCCGCAAUUACAUUGGCCAACAACGAAGGACUCUUUGUAAGAAAGGAGAUGGCCAAGCACUACUAGAAAUGGACGACCAUAACCGAAUAUGUAGUGUGUUUUGGGCCGACGCACAAAGUCGUGCAGCUUGUGCAGAUUUUGGUGAUGUUGUGUCGUUUGACACAACCUACCUAACAAACAAAUACGACAUGCCUUUUGCACCGUUUGUUGGGGUUAACCAUCAUGGUCAUUCCAUAUUACUUGGGUGUGCUUUGAUUUCAACUGAGGACACUUCAACAUUCACAUGGCUAUUUUCGUCUUGGCUUAGAUGUAUGUCAAACAAGGCUCCUCAAGGUAUCGUCACUAACCAAUGCAAGGCAAUGUCCAAUGCCAUUGAAGUUGUCUUUCCAAACACAACAUAUCGUUGGUGCUUGUGGCACAUAAUGAAAAAAAUACCUGAGAAGAUGCAAGCCUACAAACAUUAUGGUGCAAUCAAAAGCGAACUAAAAAGGCUUGUGUAUGAGACAGUUACUGAUAAAGACUUUGAGUUAGGGUGGGGAAAUUUAAUUUCAUGUCAUGGGUUAGCGAACAAUGAAUGGCUAAAUUCAUUGUAUGCAGAUAGAUAA